AUGAUGGACGAAGAUCCUCUUGCAGCGAUCCUGGGAGAGGAAGAGGUACAUGAGAGCGAGUUUCUCCCUGGGAAGAACAAGGGUCCCAAGUUAAAUGGUGGGAUAGACCCCGAGAUCCUCGCCCCUGAUCUCCUGGCGGCAUGCAAGGAGAACAAUGAUGCACGGGCGCAAGACUUCCUUGCCGACGGAGUGCCACCGGGGUAUUCUGACCCGGAGUCGGGUGCGUUGUACAGUAGGUUCGUUUCGAUUCGUGUCUCACGACUUGGCGGAAAGUACGGUUGGUCCUGUCUGCACUGGUCUGUUUACAACGGUAACCCGAUGCUCACUCGAGCACUAGUACGGGCGGGUGCUACCAGCGGAUACAGGCGGGCAUCAAAUGUGCUCACACAGGGACGGAAAGCACACAAGCAGGUCAAUGCCAGACGAGGUCCCUCCUCGAGCCUGCCAAUAUCGGACACACCCCUCCACUGGUCGGCCUACCGCGGAGAUCUCGGAAUCACUUGGAUACUGCUCAAGGAAGGGUACUCUCCAAAUGACAUGGACAAUAUGGGGAACACUGCUACACACCUUGCGGCUGCGAAUGGACACGAGCGUGUGCUGGACACACUCAUCCGCGACGGAGCGGACGUGCACCGGCAGAACAAAUUCAAGAACACCCCUCAUGACGUGGCCAACUCGGCGGAAUGCCGCGGCAUCCUCAGGAGGGCGGAGGCGUUGCCGGCGCCGUCGGUUGAAGAGGCAGAGAAGAUGCACACCGAAAACCUGCAGCGAAUCCUUGAGGUCGAGCGGGUUCUAGCCGAAGUGGUGGGGCCCCUGGAACCCACAGACGACGAAGACAGACGGCAGAAGCGUAAGCUCCAGCAGCUGCAGGGCAUCAAACAGGCAAAAGACGUCGACAACCGUGAUGAUGAAGAACUGGGGGAGGCCAGGGUUGGUGACGAGGUGACGGGCGGCACGGUGGGAGCAAUUGCGACCGGUGGUCAAGCAGCUGGAGAAGGGGAAGGUGGUGGCAGCGACGGGGGGAAGGGCGAGGACGAUCCCUCGAACGGCGGGGGCGAAAAUUGCCAGGAUAGCCACGGGCGCCACUCAGCCGCCGAAGAGAAAACAGGUGAGGAAGGAAGAAUGGAUGCGAAAGAGACAGACGGUGAUGGCGGGGACGACUACAAGGCCGGCAGGACGAACAACGGCGACGGGGGGGAAAGGAGGCAGGGCGACGUGGGCAUCGAGACACACGGAACUGAGGGGAAAGAACCAGACCGUGGCAGUCGUGGGAGCGUUGGUGAACUCAGCGAAGACCUUCUUGGUCAGGUGGAGUUAAUCCGAGAAGCUGUCGCUGGGGCUGAAGCUCUGUGUAUCUGCGAAGACCUGGUCGCGGCGACAAAAGUCGCGGCGGAGGGACCCAUCCUAACGCAGCAGGCCUACACGACUCUGGUGAAUCGACUAAUGUUACUGCUGCGGCGAGCGGAGGGCAACUCGCGUAUUUCCAGCAAGCUCAAGAAAAGGGCGAAGGCUCUGGUGGACAAAAGCCACGGCGAGUACUGGCUCCAGGUGUCGGCGCAGCGCCUGCUCAAGGUCGAAUGUGCCGAGGCUCGGCACAUGGCAGAUAUGGCCAAGCUCGAGGCGCGCAUCGAGAAGGCAGCCAAGGUCGAGGCACAUCCACAGCUGGUGCAGGACUGCCGCUCACUCUUGAAGCGCCUCACGACUGAGGUGGAGAUUAGCAAGGCCAUCUUGGGCUUCCCCACAGUGCGGCUCCCCAUUGAUCCGAUGCCGAAAGAUUAUUGGCAACCCGAAGACAUCGGCCACAUCGAGGAAAACGAGGGCUUCCCGUUGCCCCCGGUGGACGCCGACGGGAAAAACAUGGACUACGUCUGGGUGCCGUCUAAGUCGCUCAGGGCUCUCUCAGCCGCUUGCAAGAGGAUGUCGGAAGCUCUGGUCGGAGGGGAGGUGGGAUAA